AUGAAGUUCCUCCCGCUCCGCGACUUCGACACCGUGACCUCGUCACUCAACUUCACAACCCCUGAUCUGCGCGUCAACGGCGGCUGCGAUCUGUACACGACGAAAGCGGCAGGGUCCGAUAGGAAGCUAUACAAGUCUAUCGACCAGUCCCUCGAGUCGCGCCAUGCCGCGCUGCUCAAGUUUGGCGCCUCGCUGUCCCCGCCGCAGCGGGAGCAGAUGGCCGCCUCUCUCAAUCUGUCGCGCUCGAGUCCCUUUGGUCCGCUGUCGGAUAUCCAGAGCCGCCGGACGUUCGCAUAUCUCAUUGCGACCUUGAACGCGAGCCAUCCUGAUUACGAUUUCUCGCACGUUCUCAGGCCAACCGAUUUCCGGCGCGAGCGUAAUCUGCGCCGGCUGAUAGCAAAUGUGGACAGCACCCUCACCAACGUGCGCCCGCAGUCGUUUCUGUCGCCCAACCUCGGGUCUUCGUACCGCGCGCAUGGCAGCUCGCCCUCUAACUCCGCCACGGCCAUCAGCAGCCCAGCAUGGGGGCCCCAAAUGUGGGCCAUGAUUGAUAAGGAAAUGCAACUCAAGAACUGCACGUGUUUCUCCUACCAGCCUCCAGACGACCCCUUUGAUGGCGAGGAGGCUGCCAUUUGGAGAAUGCACUACUUCUUCUUCAACAAGAGUCUCAAGCGGGUAGCCUACCUCUAUCUGAGAGGUGUGCCUAUCAUCAUGCAUUCAUCGCCCGCGCUGCGACCCAACAACGGAAGGCGCGGCAGCAACUCGCUUUUGGCUUCGUCUGUAUCAUCUUCUGGUGCGAAUAAGCGCGCAAACUUUUGGCUCGGCGACAGAUUUGCGGACAGAAUCAUCGAGAGCGAAGGUGAAAACGACUACGAAGAUGACGAAAUGGAGAUAUAUGACCCCGAUGAGGACAUCGAUUUCGAUCCCCUGAAUACUCAGAGUAGCCGUGAGAACAGCGAGGAUGAAAACCUCCAAAGCGACAGCGAAAGCGAGGAAGAUGAUGACGACGACAAGAUGGCGAGCAGUCCUAUCCGUGGAGUCAGUGAGGACAUAGCGGCGCGGAUGGAACUCGAGUAG